UGGAGUAGCAUGGAGCUGCGGUACUGGAGCGGUUUUAAAGGGAUACCGCCAUAUACAGGAUGUCGACGACACAGAGCACGCCAGUCCGGGCCGGAGCCUCCGCCGUUCCAUACGGACACAUCAUUGGGAGUGAAAAAUGGAGAGGAACAGAACUGGCGCAGUUAUUACAAGGGAAGGUGAAGCUGCUGUUUGAAGACGGCUUGGGUCUGGUAGACUUCCAUCUGUCGCACCGAGCCUGCGUCCUGUACGUAUCAGAGGGCGACCUGGUGAGCGGGAACGCUUUUAGAAGAAGACUUGUCCGCUUUCGUAAGGCCACCGACUUGAAAGGCGUUGUGAUAGCGGAGCGGACGCGGCUCAGCGAUCAGUACUUCCCUCCAGUGCAGGACUUUGUGGUGCUGGAACUCGGCAUGACGCUGCUCCCGGUCAGCGGGCAGAGUGAAGCCGCUCAGCUUAUAUUUCAUCUGGUACAAGAGCGAAGCCGAGAAUUGGGCAGCAACCCCUUCCUUGGUAAGAAGCGCAGCCAUCAUUCUGAAGCCAGUAUUCUGCAGACUGUACAGAGGAUACCCGGCGUAGGACGGGUGAAGGCUCUUCAGCUCCUCCAGUAUUUUCCCAGCAUCCAGCAACUCUCCAACGCUUCUCUCAGGGACUUGGAGGCCGUGGUGGGACGAGGAAUCGCCAGCAACAUCCAUUCCUUCUUUACACAAACUUGAUGCUGGAAUAAUGGCGCCAAGUCUAUCUGCAGGAAGAACUCGGGCUGGAACCACGAGAGCCUCCCCGGCCAUUCACCGAGGUCUCAGGCGGAUCCAGCUGGUGUAAGGCUACUUUCACACUCGCGUUUUGUGCGGAUCAGUCAUGGACGGAGCCGUUCAGAAAAUACAACAGUCUGCAUCCGUUCAGAACGGAUCUGUUUGUAUUAU